ACGUGUUGAUAACAACAAAGCAGACGUGAAUAGUGGAAAAAAAAACAGUAGGUUGCACAACUUUGUCAGAGAUAGUGACUACGCCAGGACAGAGUGUUAAAAUGGACUAUUCGGGAAAAGAAAAAGAAGCCAUGGCUCUGAUCGCUGAAGCUGACAAGAAGAUGAAAAUGUCGGGGUCGUUUUUUGGCACGUUUUUUGGGAGCUCUUCCAAGGCAGAGGAAGCCUGCGACAUGUACACGAGAGCUGCGAAUAUGUUCAAGAUGGCCAAGAACUGGCGCGCUGCAGGAGAUGCGUUCUGCAAAGCUGCAAAGGUGCACUUGAAAACACAAAGCAAGCACAACGCCGCCGUCAGCUUUAUCGACGCUGGAAAUGCGUACAAAAAAGCAGAUCCACAAGAGGCCAUCAAGUGUCUGAGUCGGGCCAUCGAUAUCUACACGGACAUGGGACGUUUCACCAUUGCAGCGAAACACCACAUCACUGUAGCUGAAAUCUACGAGGCUGAUUUACUGGACAUUGAUAAGGCAGUUGUGCAUUAUGAGCAGGCCGGUGAUUACUACAAAGGAGAAGAGUCUACAAGUUCUGCCAACAAGUGUCUUCUUAAAGUGGCUAUGUACGCAGCCCAGUUUGAACAGUACCAGAAAGCUAUACAGAUAUACGAACAGAUUGGGACCUACUGCAUGGACAACACCCUGCUGAAGUAUGGGGCUAAGGAUCACUUCUUCAAGGCGGCAUUGUGUCACUUCUGUGUCGACACGCUGAACGCCAAGCUGGCUGUGCAACGAUAUGAAGAAAUGUUUCCUGCCUUCUCAGACGCCAGGGAGUGCAAACUCUUGAAGAAACUUCUUGAUGCACACGAGGAGCAAGAUGUCGAUGCAUAUACAAACGCUGUGAAGGAGUUUGACUCAAUCACAAGGCUGGAUAACUGGCACACCACCAUGUUACUGAGAAUCAAGAAAACCAUUCAGGAGGACGAGAACGAUCUCCGCUAAUACUGUGAAAAUAAUACUCAUGAUGUCUUAUGAAUAUCAAUUUAUAUACUUUUCUCGAUCCUGGCUUUCCUUUAUUUUAUCAGCUGAAAGUUAGAAGGAGGUCACAUCCUCAUUUCCUCAUUACUUUCACGUUGACGAGCUGUUCUUGAUCCCACGUAGAACAGCACUGAAUGACAUUUAUUUAACUGCUGAACUUUUGUGACCUUUCGUUUGAUGCUGAAUUCUGUAUAGUGCUUAAGAUACACGACUCCCUUUUCGAUUCCACGUGAUUGUUUUCACAAACUUUUACAUAAAUAUUUACCAUAAGUGAAUGGUACGAUAUGUAAAUGAAAUAUUACAUAUUACACUAACAUAAUUUAUUUUCUGCCAAGAAGUAAUAUGGCUGCAGUUUUCCUGUUUAUCACUGUAAUUUUUAUAUCACUGUAAUCACCAGUUAAUUCUGGUUAGACAUUGUUUGUUUCUUCAGUAACAGUGUUUGGAUCAUUAACUAUUGAUGAAUAAGUAUUUAUUGACAUUUUCACUAGUUUUCCAUUUCCAGUUAUUCAGCACACUGUUUAGCUAGAGUUGUUGAACUGAGUCUGUUGCAUAUUUUUUGAACUGAAAAAGAAUUCGAGUGCGUUUUUUUACAGCUAGCAUUCGAUCAGGUUCAAAGUUCUCAAUUUGGAUCGCGUCCUUGUGUGGUUGUGAUCCACUUUUGAGUAAUGCAGUAGUGUUCAAUUCUUUUUGAACUAUUGUGCAGGUACAAUAAUUAACUCAUGCUGCUGUGAUGCUGCACAGCAUUUCUAUAUGUAUUCUUUUUAAAAGAAAUAUUCACAAAUCAGUUUCAUUUAUUAGUUUAUUUUAGUUAUUCUAGCUACAGUGUGAACAAGCCAGAUGACAGGUACUUACGUAUGAAAGGAAAUGCCAUGAAGAUUGAACUAGGGCCUUCUAUUUACUCCCCCUUUCUCCCAAUCCUGACUGCUUUGAAGGGUAAAUAAAGUUUUUUGACUCCUUUA